UUCAACUACUCCCGUGCUAAAGAUUCUAAAGACACUGGGCGGAACAGACGCAUACGCUGUAUGCCACGUGCGCUUUCCUUGCCGGCCGGAGAUUCGAAGAAGACUUCGUUUUGGACAGUGAGAUGCCUUCCGAAAGUUACCUUCUGGGACAUUUUGAAGCCCUAGCAUGGCGUCCCUUGCAAUUUGUGGCUCUCCCAUCGGCAAUAUCGUGUGACUUGUGCGCCGUUAUUCCCGAGAAGAUCUUCAGGCUCCAGUGUUUGCACUCCCUUUGUGAGGUAUGUUACCAUAGCGUUCUUCGAACCAACCAACGCUGUCCGCUCGACAAGCAAGGCUUUCUUGAAAGCGAAGUCCAAACUUCACUAAUCGCAACGACCCCUCUGCAGAAACUGGAGGUGCGCUGUUGCAACUUUAAACGGGGAUGUAAUUUCGUCGGAUCGCUGGAACGAAUGAAACCUCACUUCCUGAAUGACUGUGGGUUUCAUUCAUUAACAUGUCGGAAGUGCUGUGCCACGGUGCUCCGUAAAGAUAUAAUCAGACAUUACAUGGGAGAAGAAUGCGGGGCACAAAAUGGACCGAGCGAAGAUGUUGACAUUGACAGCAGCAUCGUCGGGAUUGGAAGAGACAUCACCGCCUCACUUGUAGAUAUAGCCGAUAAGCUACGUGCUAUGGAAGACCACCUAAAUAGCCAUGCUGUCGGGAUCGACACUACAAAAGAGUGCGUCGUGAAUUAUGCUCAAGUACUCCGCACGAUUCAAGAGGAACAUAGGCUUUCCACAGAAGGUGUAUCAAACUUGGCCACUACUAUGCAUACGGUUACGGAAGCGCUAUCUUCUAUUGAAGACCAAUUUAGCAACGAAGUUGGACGUGGCGCCGAAGUUCAGAAUAUCGUCACUUCAAAUCGGGACAGGCUGACUGCUCUGAUCAAAUUGCAAAAAGAAGUAGCUCAGAAGGUAGUGACAUCUGGUGAAGGGCAGAAACAAUGCUCCGAAAAACUUGAAGGGAUGUCGAAACGUAUGCAAGAUCAUUCCUCGUCAACCGACGACAAACUGAGCAGCAUGAAAGAUAUUCUCCAAACUCUACGGGAUUCAAAUGGAUACGGAGCCAACGUUGCCUUUUUUCACGUCCAAGAUGUCAACGAGCUUCGGAAGAAAGCAAUAAAUGAGGAGGGGUGUGCCGACAUCUACUCUGAUGUUUUUGCAUUGUAUGGCUACUCCGUAAAGUUAAGGGUGAAAUUCAAACAAUAUGAUGGAAUUAUGUACAUAGAUGUUUUUCUGUGUAUUUGUCGUGGCACCAAAGACUCUCUCUUGAAAUGGCCCUUCUUAUUUCCCUAUACGUUCUCCUUGAUCCAUCCAACUGACGACAAAAAGAAUAUUCAGUAUUGUGUUGAUGUACGAAAAGCGUUCAAAAACGUACCUCAUUGUUUCAAUAGGCCUGUUGAAAGUACAAAUAAUGGCUACGGCAUCAUGGAGUUGUGCAAACUGGAAGAUGCACUGAAUGGAGGUUUUGUUCACGACAACUCAAUUACUGUUGUCGUUACCGUCGUCAUAAGUGGUAUGUGACUCAACGUAUCAGCCCGCAAGCGCCAGCUUGCUUGUCUAUUAACCGCCAUGAUGUCUAGGAUCACUGCAAGAAGUUAAGAACCUGAUGUAGGUGUGUACACUAAAUACAUAGUGUCUACUCCAAC